AUGCCCGAAUUUUUCCCCUUCAUCCCGGGCACCGAGACCUCACGCACCGCACGCCAGCACGCCUCCGACACGUCGCCCUUGCUCGGCCGCUUCCGCGCCGUGCCGCGAUCCUCCCAGCACCCGGCCGGCGGGCAGCACCACUGGCAUCAUACGCGCCCUGCCGGGCCCCGCCGGCACCGCUCCUCCUCGGCCUCGCACCUGGCCGCCCUGCUCUCGGCGGGUAACCGGGGCAGCGUGCAUAUUGGCUACGGCGCCCUCGUGACGGCCGCGCUCCAGUCGGACGACGACUCGGACGAUGACUAUUACGACAGCGAUGACGAGCAGGUGAGCUGGCUCGAGAGGGCGGGCAGGACUGUGGCGCGGAAUGUGCAGGACCUCUGGGUCGCGCCUCAGCAGAACGCUGUCAAACGGGUCGUCGAGAGCUGGUGGAGGAGAUGGGGCAUGCUUAUUUUUCUGCCGGCCGGACUGGCAGUCAUCUGGUGCGCCAUACCGUUCCCACAGUAUCCCCUUGAUCCAGACGACUCGGACCUGUAUCCUGGUAUCGGUGACGAUCACCGGGUGCCUGGUCACGGAGCAGCGCGCGUCCAGGUCAACUUUUGGUUCUUCUUGUUCGUGUACUAUGGCUUCUACAAUCUCACAGCCCUGAUAUGGAUCACCAAGGUAUUCAAUCUGUACAGUCUGAAUUGGUGGCCCUCGACCCUGGGAUUCCCGCUCACAAUCUCCAUGAUUGCUAUCCUGAGCAUUGCUGCCCCCAUUCCCGUCUACCUGGUGCCGGAACUCAAUUUUUUGACUAUACACAACACAGCUUGGAUAUCGUGGACUUUUGUCAUCAUGGCCAUGCCUGUGGGGAUAGCGUUUUGCAUUAUGAUGCUAAACGAGCGACACCUUGGGCUCAGGCAAUCCCUAUCUGAGACGCAGCGUAUCUUUACCUCUUCUUGGUGGACGGGUGAACCUGACACUACCACCUCGACGCGUAACAAUCGCCGGCGUCCAGGCUUGAGGAGUAAUACCUUCGAUCCGGACUCCAUGCUGGAGGCACCAACACGUGCUCGAGGCCGGAUACCGACAUCAUUGCGCCGGAAUUGGCUACCCGCAAGUUUUGUGCGCUUCGUCUGGUUCUGUCUUGCGCUUUUGGUCGGUCUCUUGGCAUACCUCAUAGGAGAGGCCUAUGCCGAGAUCUAUCUUAGAACCUUACCUCACAACAACUUUGAAACUGUCGUGUAUGUCUACAGUUGGAUUGUAACCGUCCAUCUGCUAGACGCAUUGACUGGAUGGAUUCUGGGUGCCAGCGAAGGGGAGAGAGUGGGAAGCUACCCCCUGAGCUGGAUCUUUAAGCUCUACUUCAUGCUUACAUAUCAGACAUAUGUGCGAGCUUUGUACGCGCGGCUCCGCUCACCUUCGCAGUUCGUCUUGCUGCAAAUCCUUUCAUCCAGCUUGCUCAUCAUUAUAACGCCCAUCACCAUGUCGGCAACGUAUCAUCGAGUCAUGGGUUUCCUUGGCCUCACGACCCAGUCUUAUGCUUCGUAUCAAAAGAUUCGUAUUCGCGACGUCUUUAUUCGAUUCCUAGCCGAGAACGUGAGCAUGCUCACCUUUUUGGGCAGCAUCUUGGUGCUGCACUUUGGACCCAACAAGGAGGUGUACCCUUAUUUCACCUUUGACGACCCUCUCCGUGAUGAAGGUUACGACUUCAACCUGACCUUUUACGCCUCGAGCAUCACCUGGGCGUGCGAGCUGAUUGCAGGCAUUGUGCUCCGAGGUUUGAUUGGAUGGAUCUAUGGCGUCAAUGCCAGCAUUGAGGGCAAGCUGGAUCUCGCCGUCUGGCCCGAGUUGCUGCCCACCAGCGUGGCUGUCAUGUUGCACGUGCUGCAGAAUAUGCUCUUCUCCAUUAUCCGGCUGCAUUUCCACUGA